AUGUCAAUCGGCGGCACUUGUCUUUGGGUGCCUUCGUUGUCUUCGCCUGUGCCGUCCUCACUGUCGGCAGUCACAUCUCAUCUAUCUGCAGUGGCUCGCCAUCGCGGAGAGCGCAUCAUUUCGACGCCACGGACGAUCUCUCCGCUGUUGACUUUGCCUAAAGAACGAGAGCCUGGUGCCUCGCUAGGCGUGUCGUGUGCGGAAAUGCAACGGGCUGGUACGACGGCUGAGAAUGCCUUGACCACCCCGGUUCCUGUGAGGGCGGCCGCCCCGGGUCCGUAUCGUGGGGGAGAAAUCCCAUCGCUAGAUGCGGUUGGCCUUCGCCCCGUGGCUUCGAGAGAUGAUCUACUGCCACGAGUCAAGUUAGAGAUUCCGGGUAAAAGCCAUACGAACUUUGCAAUCUCUCAACUGCAGGCAGGGCCCGGUCGCUUUGGAGAGGCACAUGCUCCACCGUCUGCGUUGGACGCAAGUGACGAGCUUGACAAAGAGUCUACGAUCAGCCCGACGGAUGACCGGGCUGAGACGGUGGCCAGCGACGAGAAUAACAAGUCGCCCUCGCUCGAGAAGAAGAAGAUGAAGCGGUUUCGGUUGACACACAACCAGACUCGUUUCUUGAUGAGCGAGUUCACUCGUCAAGCGCAUCCAGAUGCUGCUCAUCGCGAACGAUUGUCACGAGAAAUCCCUGGUUUAACACCACGUCAAGUCCAAGUGUGGUUCCAGAACAGACGAGCGAAGCUCAAGCGUCUGACCACGAAUGAUCGUGAGAGGAUGCUCAAAUCGAGGGCACUUCCGGACGACUUCGACACAACCAAAGUUCUGCGAACGCCGUUUGAAAGCAAGUCGACCGGUCAGACACCCGUUGCAUCGCCACAGGAUUACGGAGCACCAAAUCCAGACUUUGCAUCCUUGAGGGCUCUUCGCACCGACUGUUUCCAGCGUCCAAGUGAGGAUGACUACCUUGUCUCACCCCUGAGUUCUGCGUCGACCGCUGGAACGUACAUGUCCUCUGCUGGACAGGGACGGACUGAUGGCUUGCCCAGCUCGAACAUUAUGUUUAGCCGGCCGGCAGCGUCUGCGUCGAUGCACGACCUGCACCGAACGAUUCGGAAUGACUUCUCAAUUACCAGGUCUAGCAGUUUAUCGGAUGCCUCUUCUCAGACAUCUUUUCACCCAGGGAUGCUGGGGCACAGCCGGUAUGGCCCUUCUUCUAAUCCAUCCGGCUUGCCAUAUAAUAUGCGGCCGAUGGAGUAUGGUAUUCCUCGCCAUCCAGGCGGGAUGGUCACACCUUAUGAGCAGCACCAGUCGUUUGAGGGCUCUGUUUCUCCGUCAGACUCACCCCAGGGAGCACAUAUGACAUACGACAUAAGCAGCAUGGGCUCACAACCCCAGAGUUACCAGCCACAUCUUGCCUUGUCCUCGCAAAUCCCAUCUCAUGCAAGACCUCUCUCCACUCUGCAAUCCCUCCCGGUCUCCGCGCCACAGGAAUACCGACCCUUCUCAUACGCCAGCCCCUCCGGCUCUAUCGGCAAUAUGCCGUACACCCAGUCGAACGCCUCCACGCUGAGUCUUCCGACAUCCUUCGCCCCGUCCGAGUCUGGAUCGACCGCUGCCGAUUCAAUGCAGCAAGGCCAGCCGGGUCAGCAAGGUCUCGAGUCCCUGAGGACUAAAUUCGGCAAUCCCCCUUUCAACUACGCGAGCUAUAUUCAACAAUAG